CAUCAUCAAUGUAUACUGUUAUUAGCAGAACUCCCUCUACUGAUCAACUGACCUUUGCUUUGCUUGCUGCUGAGGUUGCACUUGAAAGCUGAUCAACACUAAAGUCAGUCUAACAUUAACCAUUUCUAACAGGAGCUGCAUUACUAUUGAAUCUAUCAUCAUAUUCUCAAGAUUGUAGGUCAAUAUGUCUGAGGAGAUGAUAGAUGUAAAGACAAAGUCCAAAGAAACAAGCAAAGAAGAUGUCUGUGAUGUGCUGCAGUCUCGAUACGAUAUAACAGAACAUGAGAUACAAAGUGUUGACGUCCUUCCUUUAUCUCCUGGCCACUUUCAUGUGAAGGCACUUCAAACUAUCACCAACAAAGUGAAGCAGUCCAAGAAGAAGCCACCUAGUGGAUGGACUGUUAAAAUAGUUAAAGUUCCAAUGGCAUCAGCUACUGCCUCCCUCCCUCCAUCACUGCCACUGAGAGUUACCUGCAGCAGUAUACUCACAUCAAGUGAUCCAAUACUGAUUGAUGUCACCACGUAUCAUCCUAACCCAGCAUGGCUCAAGAUACAGGAUAACACUGAUAACUUUACUGAGACAUUCUACAGUAACAUCAAGACACAUAUCAAUAGACCGAUUGUUCUUAAAGUGAAGAAGAAAGACUCCAGCACUGAGUGUAAUACUUAUUUCUAUGGAGACUCAGUCCAGCCAGUGAUUGAGGUCCACAUUAGACCUUCUAAUGAUGUCGGAGUCAAUGAUGCUGACGUGGAAAAGAUACUGGAACAAUUCGACCCAACCUGGGACAAAUACUGUAUUUACUUGAAGGCUGAGACUGUUAAUGAAAACAAUGUAGCAAAAACACAAAAUGCUGUACUACCGUCACCAAGAGAUAAACCUUUCUUUAUGAUUGAAGCAACUGUUUAAUAAAUAAAUAAAUAAAUAAAUAAUAAUAUACAGUUGUAUUAUACUUUGUUGGCUAAACAAUAGUACUUGUUUCUGCUUUCAGUUUUGUGUGUUGCUAAAGUUGAUGUAUAUUCAGAGACAUUACACAUGUAUUAUUCUUGUUAAUGUAUUUGUCCAAAUAUGGAAAGUAGUGUUAUCAUAA